GCGCAGGCGUAGCAGCGUAGCAGGCAGGCAGGCAGGCAGCCACAGGAGCAAAGCAGGAGCCGAGCCAAGCGGCUCGCAGCAGAGUACAGCGGGGCUGCACACACUCAGCAGCGCGACGCGUCGAGACGAGACGAGCAGCACCGCGACGACGACGUUGGACGACGUCCUGAGAGUCCAGUGAGGACUUGGUGACCGGCCCGUCGUGUCGAGCCGUGUCCGCACCGGGCGCAGGGGCAGCGCAGCGCAGGACGCGAGGACCUCGCCGUUGGACGCAUUGCCUACACGUCCGUCAGGAUGAAGUGGGGCCUGUCCGUGGUGGCGGUGGGCGCGCUGCUCUUCCUGGCCGUGGCGGCCGCCGACGGUGAAGUCUGGGAGGAGGACGACGGCGAGGUGCUGAUCCGCAGCGAGCGCGGCGCCAAGACUCGCAACGACCCCUGCCGCUACGCCAAGGGCGCGUGGUCCGAGUGCGACACCAAGUCCAACACCCGCACCAGGACGCUGACGCUCAAGAAGGGCGACGCGGCCACCUGCGAACAGACCAAGACCAUCCAGAAGAAGUGCAAGAAGGCCUGCCGCUAUGACAAGGGACCCUGGGGCGAGUGCACGAGCGGGCGCAUGGCGCGCACGGACGCACUGCGGCCCAACUCGGACCCGUCCUGCGAGCAGGCCCGCCAGAUCACCAAGCGGUGCAAACCCAAGGGCCAGAAGAAGGCCAAAGGCACCCGUCGCAACAAGCAGUAAACUUCCAGCAGCCGCAGCGUCCAGCAACUUGAGCAGCAUCAUUCAUCUCGCUAGCUGAACUCUCCCAUCAUGUUCUCCAUAUUUAUUUUUAUUUAUCAAUCGUAAAUGUCUUUACUGCUAUACUGGAAUUUUUGGGGUUUUUACUUUUCCUAAAUUCAUUUCUCCAGUCAAUACAUAGUGUUUCUUGAAUACUUGUUUGAAAUUUAAGAACUUUAGACUUCAUAGCUUUAAGAUACUGUAUUCUGUAAUUUUGUCUAUGGCAUUGCACAAUACUCAACAAUUGUAGAAUCUCUUGCAAAGUCGUUGUGUCAAAUAGAUGUUAGAGAACCCUCAUUUAUUUUGCUCCUCUCCUUUCUUCAGUUACUUAUAUGAAAGUGUUCAUUUGGUUUAAAACUAAUUAUUUAAACGUUUGCCUUUUUUACUUAACAAGACUGCAAACGUAAUGGUUGAUAGUCAACAUUCAUAUUAAUCAGCAGUGUUCUCAUUAGAAUCAAUGCAUUUACAUAAUCAUCUAGACAUAAAUAUGUAAUAACCGUUCAAAGUAUUUGUCCCCACUUUAGAAUUUAUCCAAGUUCAGAAUCUCAAACAUAUUACUGUAGGGGAUAUAGUGAUGUUAAACUUAGUUUGCAUUCAUGUUACAUAGAUUGUCUUUUGAAUUACUGAAGCUGCAUUUUCCAGGUCAAGCGAGCCAUCUCACAUGCCGCUUUUGAAAAAAAAAUGUUGUUUUUGAGAUUUCUUGUAUUUUACAAGUACAUGCAUUUGCAACAUGGAAUGACACCAUUAUCCCCCCACACACACUCUGUUGUGCAUUUUUGUGCAACAUCCAAAGCACAUGUAAGCAGCCCCUUACUGGUUUAAAUUUGCAUUUGCUUUCUGCUCGCAUCGCAGUAGAUGUUUCUCUCAUAUCAGUUCAUCAAGUUGCAUCUCUCAUCCAACCGAAUCAUUUUAGGUUACAGAUAUAAAUUAGCUAGAAUGUCAUUCCAUUUUCUAGAAUUUGUAACAGUGUAAUGUUAUCUGACUGAUUUAAGUUCAAUACGUUGUAUAAAACAAAAACCGAGUAUUCAACUGCAAACCAUAUUUAUUCCUUAAAAAAGUAUCAAAAAAUUUUAACUACCUUCCCCAUAAAUUGAAAACAUCAGUAAACAAUAGGAAAAAAAUUAUAAAAUACAAUAACAUUUAUGACAGUUUCAUAGUACUUGAAAAGUUCUGAGCGAGGAGACAGUGGUUGGUGUCCUUUAACUGGUCCAGACUGUAACAAAGAACAAUCAAGCAGUGUACCAAGUAAUUCUUUAAGAAAUAAAAUAGAAUAUGAAAUUCUGAAUGUCUCAACAAA